UUUCAAGUUAAAGAUCAGUUUAAUGGAUCCAAUAAAAAGCAAAGCUAAUUAUUCCCGGGUUUGUCAACUGUUGGUAGAUAAAGGAGGAGAUGCUUUGAGACUUGCUCUACAUUCGGUGCAUCCACCUUCCACCUUGUCCUCCGCAUUGAAUGCCAACAAGAAGACCCUGCAGAGAAUACGAUACAAUAUAAUUAAAGCCCCGCAAUGGGAUCUACUCUUCCCAAUAUCUGGUGCACCAGAUUCAAACAACUUUGAUAUCACCUUACUGACUGUCCUACUUCGAAAUAUUUGUGGAUUGUCUCCACCAGCGACUGGGUGGAAUGUUAUGCCUCUAGGUAGCGAUACAUCUAUAUCAGCGAACAUUUUGAGGGUCAAAAUGUUCAGGAAUGAAGUGUAUGGUCAUAUUCCAACUGCAAGUUUGGACGACACAACGUUUGAAAAAUUGUGGCAAGAAAUUUCGGUACUGUUGGUCAACUUGGGAAUUCCUCAAAAGGAUAUUGAUCAGUUGAAAGUGGCACCUCUCAGCUCUGAAGAAGAAAGUUAUAUUGAAAGAUUAAAAGAAUGGAAACUACGAGACGAUGACUUGAAAUCAGAAUUAACUGAUGUUAGAAGUGAAGUAGUCAAGCUAAGAAAAACAGUAGAUGAGAAUGUUCAUCACUCAACUGUUGAAUGGAAACUACAAAACGAUGAUUUAAAAUCAGAAUUAAGUGAUGUUAAAAGUGAAGUAGUCGAGUUAAGAAAAACUGUAGAUGAGAAUGCUCAUCACUCAACUGUCGAGAAACUCGCUAAAUUCGACUUUACUGGAAAGAUUGAUGACCUUUGUAAAAAAUUUCAUGAAGGCACAAGAAAAUGGUUUUUUGAUCAACUCUCAAGUUGGUUUGUGACUAAAGAAACCAGGGUUAUGAUCCUAACUGCAGGUCCAGGCGUUGGAAAAAGUGUUUUGUCUGGAAAGAUCUCUGAGCUAUAUAGAGAACGUGGCCAACUCGCAGCUCACCAUUUCUGCGACUUUCAAAAUUCUGAUUACAGCAAUCCUCACAGAAUCCUCCAGUCCCUUGCAAGCCAAAUGUGUGAUAAUGUUGAUGGAUUCCUUGAUAAACUAACCGAAAUCCUUCGUCGUGAACAUUCACGGGACUCGCUGUCAGACGCAUUUCGUGUUCUUUUAAACGAUCCACUACACUCUCUUCGCAGAAAUAAUCCAAUGUUGAUCAUUGUUGAUGCCUUGGACGAGAGCAAAACUGAUAUGAAGAGCGAGUUUUUCGAGUUGAUAUCUGAGAAAUUUUGUGAACUGCCUGAUUGGAUUAAGAUAUUCAUUUCGAGCAGACCGGAGCUACAAGUACGGAAGGUUCUUCAACAUUUACAGCCGUUAGAAAUCCUUCCUGAUGAUGAAGAUCACAAUCAAGAUAUUGAGCUUUUCAUUCGUGGUGACUUACCUAACCUUCCUGAUGAUAGCAUAUGGUCAGUUGUUUCGAAGUGUGAGGGAUCGUUUUUAUACGCUUAUCACUUAAUUCAUGAAUUAAGAGAAAAGGGCUUGGGAAUUGAACCCGAUCUAAGUGAUUGCAUUCCCAAUUGUAUUGCCGGAUGUUACAAAAAAAAGUUCAAACGUUUGAAAAGCCGCCUCCAACGUUUAAAGCAAGAUACCUUUUCAUCUAUCUUAAAAAGUUUUAUCAAUGUUAUUGCCGCCGCAUUCAUGCCUCUCCCACUGAAAAUUCUUUUUACAUGCAUGGGUCUGCCGUGGAAAGAAUUCGAAAUACGCACGGCGAUUAUUGAGAUUAUGUCAGAAAUUCUUCCAGUUUAUGAUGGUUGCCUAACUCUUCAUCAUAAGUCAUUAUGGGAUUGGAUGACAUUGAAUGGGUUUAAGGAACAUUCGUUUGUUGCAGAUCUUAAGGACGGAGUUAGACGUCUUUGGCGGGCUUGUGAGAAAGAAUUCUGUGAGAUAGAAUCUUUGAAGUCUGUUUUAGAAUUUCAAAUUUCACCCGAGAAUAAGUACGCUUUGGAAAAUGGUAGAAGAUAUUUAGUUGAUACAGGUAAGGUCGAGGAAUUUCACUGGUUGGUGCAUGUUGCCGUAAACUAUUUGAGACUAAGAUUUAAUAUUCGCACCGUCUAUAUUGAUUUUAAGCAAAUCCUUAAUACGUAUGGUAGUGUUCUUCCCAAAGAUGUUUAUUACAGGAUCAUUCAAUUGCAUUCUUUCUUCGUACAGAUGGAAGAGAAUUUUUUUGGAGAGAAGCGCCCUCCAUCAUAUCGUGACAAUUAUUUGAGAGAUCUUUCAAACGGAUACUUUGAUUUUUCACAAAAUAAUGUCUGUCCUAGAAAUGUUGCUAGAAAUAUCUUGGAUACAAUAAAUGAGAUUUGGAUAGAACGUGUGACAACUGAAAAGAAUCAUAAUUCAAAUCAUGUCACCCAUGCCUUAGUUGAUUCAUGUCCCUGUUCUGUCUCACCAGACAAUACGAUGUUUGCCCUCUUUAAUACUCAAACAUGGACAGUACAAGUCCUUAAAAUACCAAGCUUCACGACUCUUUUCAAAAUACAAGUAGAUGAGAUACAGCGUUUUCUUAACGUCUUCUUUGGCUUUUCUCCUGAUUCCUCCUAUUUUUUAUCCAAUUCCAUUCGGUCAUGCGUCCUUGUUAAAGAACGAAUGGAAGUGCCCUUCAUUGCACACGGCCCCAAAGACAUUUGGAGUUGUUCUUUUUCUUCCUGUGGAGUGAAACUUGCUACAUUUGGGCAGACAUUGAUCCAAGUGUGGGAUGUAAUGAGGAAAACCCUAUUAGCAGAAGUUGACAAUUUGUUUUGGAGAUUUAGGUGUGAUUGUUUGUUUAGUUUAUGUGGCUCCUACAUUCUCCUUUUUGGUAGGGAUUACGACUCAUCAAUAUGUACGAAUGUCUUGCGCUCUGAGAAUUUGGAAGAAGUGUAUAUUGAAAAGAAUUCUGUUGCUCCGUGUUUGUCAAGUAAAGAUUCCAUUCAGAUACAUAUACCAGACGGUAUCUUGCAUCAUUACGGAUCAUGCGGUAAGAUUAGCUUUGAUCAUGUUCGCUUGCCAUCUGGUGAGAUAGUUCUUAUCCCUAAUAAAAAAUGUUCAAAAACCUUUUUAUGGAAGGACAAUAAAAAGUGUGUAGCAUUUUGCGAUUACUCCUCCGCAAGUGCUGCAGCUCUGAUGAUAUACGAUUUUAUAAACCAAAAGAUCGUUGACGUCUUUCAGAUUGAUUGUUUGCCUGCUCGAUAUGUUUUCCAUUAUAUUUCAAAAUUAGAAGGGUCGAAAUUCCUUUUACAUAAUUCGAAUCCAAGCCUAGUAUUUAUUUUAUCUCUGGAAUGUCCUGAUGCUACUUUUGUCGACAACGCCCCUAUAGAUUGCUGUGCAUUAUCUCCGGACACCUUGUAUGUAGCGUGCUGUUUUGAAAAUUGUAUUCUUUCAAUAAGAAGUAUCGACAGUGGGGAAACAUUGAAAACUGUUGCACUGAAACAACGAGCAGUGGCGUGUUGGUGGUCUGAGUCGUAUCUUUGGUUGGUCUGUGAAGGCGUUGUUGUUAAAUAUCCUUAUGAACCUUUGAAUUCAAAUAUCUUAGGAAAUCAAACUGAAGAAUCUAUUUUAAAUUUUAGUCGUGUUUUUAAAUUUACCAAAGAUGUUCUUAUAAUUAGCGCUAAUGGGAGAAUUUCUAUUUUGAAAAUUUGUGGUGAAAAUCUCAGUCAUCAAGAAAUACCUUCUUGGAAUUUUGACGAGGCCCAUAGUGAAAAGUUCACUUCUGUCGCAAUAAGUUAUGAUGGGUGUGCCGUUAUGUUGCAUUGCAAUUUGAGGAAAAUCUAUGAAUUGUGGGAAAUAGAAUGUGGCAACAGAUGGUUUGUACGUUCAACGGGAGAGUUGAAUGAAUCAGUUGAAUGGUUCUGUUUAACUGGUACUAAUUUGACUCGUAGUUUAGUAUUAGUGUCAUCUGACAAUGCAAUAAUUGCCGAAGAGAUUUUUUUUUUAUUUUUUAUUACGUUCCGAAAAAAUGGUAUAAGAAUUGCGCAUAGUGUUUCUAUUAGAUCUUUUCAGAAGGCUUUUUACAUGGAUUGCGGAAUUGUAGGUCUUUUCACUAGUGGUAAUAAGAUGCAUUUUGUUAAUGUGUCCAAAGGCAAAAUCAUAUCCUCUACAAUUCUACCUUUCGCGUCUCCCAAUGAAUAUUUUCAUUUUUUCCUCCCAUCGACGUGUUCUUUUCUAUCCGUGGGAAUGAAUUGUAACAAACAUUUUAAAAUUCAUAAUUUUGAAACGUAUUUAUCGCUUCCUUGGCGUAAUGAUCCUUGAAAAUGCGACUUUCUGUCUUAGAUGAGGAAAUAUCACGAAUCAUUAAUUAAUACUAAAAAAAAUAUUUAUCGAAAGAAAAUAUUGAGGUAAAUAAGUAUUGCCAAUUAAACUUACGGAUAAUAUCCCACAACUUAAUUUGAAUAAACGACGUAAUAUUAGGGACAAACCAUCAGAUGUGUCAAAUGUUUGAACUGUGCCGAAUUUGUUAAAAGAAAUAAAAAAAAUCCAUUUUUGACUAAAUCUUGUAUAGUCUUUAUAGCAUAAGAGUCGAUUGAUUUAAAUAUUUGCUACGAAGGUACUUGUGGUAAGCGUGCAAAUAUACAGCUGAUUCAAGAAACGGUUUCCAUACACCUACAUGUGACGUCGCCAGCUCGUUAGGUCGGGUAGGGGAUACUCGUGUAUUUGUGUUCUACAUAUAGUCCUAACACAAAUCCAUUAUUCUAGCUGUCAGUGAACAUACAUGGAUAUAUAAAUGUGCUCAAUAAUAAUGCUGGUACGUCACUGGUCAUAUAAAAGUCAAAACGAAAAUUAAUCAAAACAAUUUCUUUCCGAUUGUUUGAUGGAAAAUUAUAUGUGCACGUGUAAAUAAGUCUGCGUAUGCACAACAUACCUGGACCAUGAAUCUUUGCAUACCUAUAACGAAAUAUUCUUAUGUUUAAGGUUUUAACUUGUUUGGCACUUCUUUUUCUUCUUGAGUUGGCUGUUUACCGCGAUCUCUUGCAUAUAUAAUAGUUGGUGCCCAAAUGCGCUUGCCGCAAAUUCUAAUUUUAAAUACUGUACUGUUUAUUUCUUGUCAGUUUUUGAACAUUGACAUCGUAGAGUCUGUUAUAUGUUGUUUUGUGACGGUGAGCACCAUGCAUGGGACUUUGUGUCUCGUUCGUGCUUGGCCGUUUGGGUCUUCUACAAACUGUGUUAUGUUGUUAUUUAGUUGAGGUUCUGUUUGUAAGUUGUUGUAUUUGUUCUUGUGCGUGUUUGUUUUAUCGUUUUAAGACUUUAAUAGUAGACUUUGUAGAAUACUGAAAGAAAUGAAAUGAAAUAACUUGGUUUACUCUAAGCAAUGACGUAAAAAUUGAUAUGAACGUUACCUGAGCAAAUACUUUUCUCAGCAUUGGAUAAUUAAGGGCAAUAUAUUCAUCAAUUAAAAACCUUAAUUUUAGUUCAUCUGAUGUCAUUACUAUAGUUAAUCUCACGCGUAAGGCCCAAUUACACUAUACGGGGUCGCUAUUGAAUACAGUCAAAUUUUUUAUGUCUGAUCCAAAAAAAUCUACCAAAUCUAUCAAACCAAUGAGCUUUUACUAGUAACCAUUUCUUGUUAGCGACAAACGAAAGGUCGUGACCAGCUAAUCCUGUGUCGUGUAAUGUAGGCCUUAGUCACAUAAAAUUACUGUUACUUGUAUAUCUAAGAUUAUUUCAAGAUAAUUGGAAACUUGAUUUAGCCAAUAUUAAGCUACAUUUGAAUGUUGGCGUAACUGAUUACAUGCUAAUUGAACGAUAACAAAGGUGGACCUACAGUACUGUCCUAAAAAAAACCUACCAAAAACCGCGGUUAACCUAGGUCAAACCUAGGUCUGAUCGUGGUUCAACUGAGGUCAGACCGGGGUCGAAUCGCUGUGAGAUGGAGAUUAAACCUCGGCCUCAUUCUCGGUAUGAGAGAGAUUUCUUAAGGUUUUUUCGAUUUUUUAUUGUGUUGUUUUAUUGUAUUGCUUUUUACCUGCGAAGGUAUUUUUUCCUUUGCGGUCGUCUGCGGUUUCUAUCGGUCGACCGCAACCUAACCGAACUGCAACCGCAGUGUUAGGUUAUGUUAGGUUAUUUCUGGACACUACUGUAAGUUUGUGCAGUUCUGAUUUUAUCCUGGAGAUCUUGAGGCUAGAUCAUAUUUAAUUGCAGAUCAUAUUGUGGCCAAUUUAUACCACCUUCGGUAUACUCAUUUUAAUAAUUGUGUUUGUUUGAAAAUUAUUGUUCCAAAACCCUGCAUGUUUUUUCGCGUCCAUUAAAUUCUUAUAAGAAUAAAAAUUGUUUAUUAUUGGCUACUUUUCGAACAUUUUUUAUGCUUGUCUUCAGAUUUAAAAAAUGAAGUUAGAGUUAAGUUUGAAAGCGAUUAGAUAAACUGCAGAAACUUUCGUGUAUUCCUAUAUUCAUUUAAUCAGUUAAAAACAAAGUAAAAAUAAAAAAGUGAACGGAGAAAGAAAAAAACCUUCGAAACGAGGAUGGUCGAAUAUGAUUUGGUUGAACCAAGUUUCCCCAGAUACUGUCAGAGAUAAACUGCUUAAGGCUCAUUUACACGAUGUCGGAUCCAAUUCACUUCUGACGUAUGGAAUGUAGUUGUUUAUUGAUAAACCAGUAGUGCAUUGACUUUAGUUCAUUUGUUGUCCACAUACGUUGCAAGUUAACAGACGAUAAAACAUCGAUCAGAAGUGAAUUGGAUGCGACAAAAUUGGAUCGUGUGAACAGACCUUAAGGAAGCUUUAGAGGGUACAUAGAAGAAAAAACAUUUGAAAAGUUAUAAUGUUUGCCAGAAUUAUUUCCAUUUAAUUAACUGGUAAUAUUUUCUUAUUAGUAGAAGAGCUUCAACCAGCAACAA